AUGCACACUCUGCAGAAACUUCUGUUCUUCCAUGUUUUCACAUGUCUCGGACAAGCUGGACAUGGGAGUGACAUCAUAAAGGGUAAAAAGGCUCCAGAGAACUCAUUGCUGUACAUGGCCUCACUGCAGAGCGACACUCAUCACGUAUGUGGAGGAUUUCUCAUCACUGCAGACUUUGUGCUCACUGCUGCACACUGUGCCACAGACAAUCCCACGCACGUUGUUCUCGGCACUCACAAUCUUAAGUCCCAUCAAGAAAAAAUAACAAUUGAAAAGAAAUUCAAGCCCAAAUUUUAUCAAAGGGCUUGGUACGGUGAUGACAUCAUGCUCCUUAAACUUUCCAGAAAAGUUAAACUAAACGACAGAGUAAAAAUAAUUCCACUGCCAUCUGCUAAAGUACACCUAAGAGAAAAUGAAGUGUGUCAGGUGUCUGGAUGGGGAAAAACUAGAACUGCUGGUAAAACUGUUAAUGAGCUGAGAGUGGUGGAUGUGCCUGUCGUCAACAAAACGGUCUGUAAGGAACUGUGGCCUGGUCUUCCUGCUAAUGUAAUCUGCGCAGGUGGUUAUGGCACAGACAAAGGGUUCUGUCAGGGUGAUUCAGGCGGCCCGCUGGUGUGCAAAGGAAUAGCUGUUGGUGUCGCUUCCUUCAACAACAACAAAUGCUGUGACUAUCCUGAUGUACCCAAUGUUUUUACAGACAUCUCAAAAUACCGCCUGUGGAUCAACUCAAUUCUAAAAAACCCAAAUAGUGAUAAACAAAACCCAUAA